AUGAAAAUUAUGGCCAUGGGGAAGGAGAAGUGGGAGAAACACAUUCAUGUUUUAGCUGAGAAAAUCAAAACAUUUCCUGGUUUUGUUUGGCAAACAACUUGGAGGCAAACAACUUGGAGGGUUGGCCGAGACGAUCCUCGAAGAGUUAUUCAUGCUUUCAAAGUUGGUUUGGCUUUGACAUUAGUCUCUUUGCUGUAUCUGCUGGAGCCAUUGUUUGAAGGGAUUGGACAAAGUGCCAUUUGGGCUGUAAUGACCGUUGUUGUUGUGCUCGAGUUCACAGCAGGUGCAACAUUAUGCAAAGGACUUAAUAGAGGAUUAGGGACCCUCCUAGCAGGAUCAUUGGCAUUUGCCAUUGAGUUCAUUGCACAGGAAACCGGCCACGUUUUCCGAGCUAUUUUCAUCGGAGCUGCAGUUUUUGUGAUAGGGGCUGCAGCUACCUACAUUAGGUUCUUUCCCAAAGUGAAGAAAAAUUAUGACUAUGGUGUUGUGAUUUUCCUCUUGACCUUUAAUUUGAUAACUGUGUCGAGCUUUCGCGUUAGCAAUGUAUUGAAGAUUGCCCAUGAACGAUUCUACACCAUUGCCAUUGGCUGUGGUGUUUGCCUGUUAAUGAGUCUGCUGAUAUUCCCAAUUUGGUCAGGAGAAGAUCUCCAUAAUUCCACGGUGUCUAAGCUGGAAGGUCUAGCUAAAUCUAUAGAAGCUUGUGUCAAUGAAUAUUUUAGCGACGAAGAGAAAGAAGCUAUCCAAGAUAAAUCAUCUGAGGAUCCCAUCUACAAAGGUUAUAAGAAUGUCUUGGAUUCAAAAUCACAAGAUGAAACUUUGGCAACACAUGCAAGUUGGGAGCCUAGGCACUCAAGGCACUGCAGAUAUCCUUGGCAGCAGUAUGUGAAAUUAGGAGCUGUUCUUCGCCACUUCAGUUACACUGUUGUAGCUCUUCACGGAUGUCUGCUAACUGAAAUUCAGACCCCUAGGUCUUGCCGUGCCCUCUUCAAAGAUCCAUGCAUUCGAGUAGCAAGUGAAGUAUCCAAAGCACUAAUGGAACUUGCCAACAGCAUAAGAAGUCAUCGUCAUUGCUCUCCUGAGAUCCUCUCCGAUCAUCUUCAUGAGGCAUUGCAAGACCUUAACACUGCCAUAAAAUCACAGCCAAGGCUUUUUCUAGGCUCCAACAAUACCCAAGCCAAAAACAUGCUAGCCUUGGCAGCUGCACAUGCUAGACAAAAGCAAGAAAAGGAUCACCAUGGAGUGUCAUUAUCAAGUGUAAAGACGGAUAGUUCUGCAUUGCUUGAAUGGAAAACGAAAAGGGCUAAUAAUGAGCAAGCUCGAGAAGCUGAAAGGAAAGUGUUACGGCCACAAUUGAGCAAAAUUGCAAUCACAAGUCUUGAGUUCUCGGAGGCACUUCCAUUUGCUGCUUUUGCAUCUUUGCUGGUGGAGGCAGUAGCUAGGCUAGAUAAUGUGAUUGAAGAAGUUGAAGAGCUUGGAAGGAUAGCUUGCUUCAAAGAAUUUAAACCUGGUGAUGAGAUUGUUGAGACACCAAAAGUGAAUGUUUCACAGAACCAUUUGCCUUAUUCUAAUGGGGCAGAGUGAUUCUCUAGUCUUUAAUUGGAUAUGGUUGACUUUUGGGGUUUUUUUUUUUUUUUAUGUAUAGUAGCUAAAGAAAAAAAAAAGGACAUU